AUGUCCACCAUUCUCCGCAGACUACAAGGGGGAAACCUCGAGGUCUUCAAGUUUGGCAUGUACAUCAUUUUCCCCAUCGGAUGGAUGUACUAUUUCGGAACAAACCUGGACGAGCGCUUCAACGUCCCAGGUUUCUGGCCUACCACUGAACAAUCGCAUAAAAUCCCCCUGGACAAGGAGGAGAUUGAUCUCGAACUGGCACGCAUGCGAAUGGUCGACGCCACUCGACGGGAACGCCGGCAAGCUACAGGGCAGGGCCAGGCCGAAAUUCACCCUCAGAUUCAGGCUGCCAAUUCGCAAAAUUCGGAGUGA